AUGUCCGCGCAGGCAUGCCACUUCAUAUACAAUAAAUGGGAGCCCACAUACAUCCCGGCCACGACUUUCCUGCUACUGUUGCUUCCGCUUGGUCUCUCCACGCUCCUUGUUCCUCACUACGGCCCGGUGCUCGCACCAAUUGUUGCCCUGACGACAUACCAUGGCGUCCUGCUAGCGUCCAUCUCGCUGUAUCGUGUCUCACCAUGGCACCCUGUCUCACGCUACCCGGGUCCGCUUCCGGCCAAACUGUCCAAGUGGUGGAUGGUCUGGCAGGAGCGUCAUGGUAAGCAGCACCUGUACAUUCGAGCGCUGCACGACCGGUACGGCGAUGUGGUGCGCAUUGGACCCAACGACAUCUCUAUUCGCGACGUUGAUGCUGUGGCUCCGAUGAUGGGCACCAAUGGCCUGCCCAAGGGCCCCUCCAUGUAUGCAGUAGCUAUGGAGCCCCCAAUUUCAGGGCUUAUCGGAAUUAGAGAUCCAGUUGUGCAUGCUCGCCGCCGCCGUCCCUGGACCCGCGCAUUCAGCACGGCCGCGCUGAAGGAGUACGAGCCGAUCCUCGUCAGGAACAUCACAAAGCUACGUGAGCAGCUAGCAAGCCAAAGGGGGGGCGUCAAUCUGGCGACGUGGUUCAGCUGGAUGACAUACGACGUUAUGGGUGACAUGGUAUUCGGGGGAGGCAGCGAUAUGCUUACGCAUGGCGACAAAGACGGAAUCUGGUCCAUGAUACAGACCGCCGCAGAAGGGCAGAUGCUGUAUCAUCACAUUCCAUGGCUGGCACACUUCGCUAGACGUCUCCCUGUGUCAGGCGGAGUGAAGAAGAGACGUCGCUGGGCGCUCGAACGCACUACGGUCCGUUACAAGCAAGGUGCAACCACGAAGGACCUAUUUUAUUACUUGGUGAGCUUGAUGAGCAACGAAGACGGAGCAGAGCAGACGUCCCCACCCGCAGGACAGGUCAUUUCUGACGGUGUUCUUGCGACUAUUGCAGCCUCGGACACCACCUCGAGUGUCUUGUCAAACGCAUUUUGGAACAUCCUGCGGUACCCGCAGUACUAUAAGCGGCUCCAGGCUGAAGUUGACCAGUAUUACCCUGCCGGCGAAAACGCCCUUGAUCCUAAGCAUUACAGCAAGAUGGUAUUCUUGGACGCUGUGCUGAACGAGACGAUGCGAAUGUAUCCUGUCAUCCCGAGUGGCAGCCAACGUGCCCCGAUUCCGGGCAAAGGCGAUAGAAUCAUCGGACCCUACUUCAUCCCCAACGGCACACAGACCCGUAUGCACUUUUGGUCGCUACAGCGCCACGCGCGGUACUUCACGCAUCCGGACACAUUCUGGCCUGAGCGAUUCCUCAUCGCCGAGGGACUCGAGCGCGCGCCAGAAGGCGAGCCAUUCGUCCACGAUGCGAACGCGUUCAUCCCGUUCUCGUUUGGGCCGUCUAAUUGCGUGGGCAAGAAUCUGGCGCAGGUGGAGAUGCGGAUGGUGUUCUGCCACCUGCUGCAGAAUCUCGAAUUUGAGCUCGAGAAGGGCUGGGACCCUGCCGAGCGUGAUCACACCGUCGAGGAUCGGUUUGUCAUAUCGAUGAAGAGUCCUCUGCCUGUGGUUAUGCGUCGCAGAACUUAG